AGUUCAAAUUUUUCGCUUGUAAUCGGUCGUGGCGUAUAUAACCUUAAAAUCAUAAAUAUUAAAUUCCUUUCAGAAACUAUAAGUUUUUAGUGUUUAUUUCAGUUUUAAUUAAACUUCAAUAUGCCGGAUCAUUUAGGAGAUGAUAUGAGGAAAGUCAAAUCUGAGGAGGAUAAAGAGGAAAAAGAUAUAAAACCUCUUGACGAAGGAGAUAUCGCUCUACUGAAAACAUACGGUCAAGGACAAUAUACAAAGAGUAUAAAAAAUGUUGAAGAAGACAUUCAAACGGUAAUAAAGAGGGUAAAUGAAUUGACUGGAAUUAAGGAAUCCGAUACUGGUCUUGCACCACCAGCAUUAUGGGAUCUUGCCGCUGACAAGCAAACAUUACAAAAUGAACAACCAUUGCAAGUGGCUCGUUGUACAAAAAUUAUCAAUGCCGAUACAGAUGAUCCCAAAUAUAUUAUUAAUGUAAAGCAAUUUGCUAAAUUUGUUGUUGAUUUGGCAGAUUCUGUUGCGCCAACAGAUAUUGAAGAGGGUAUGAGAGUUGGUGUAGAUCGUAAUAAAUAUCAAAUUCACAUACCACUUCCACCAAAAAUUGAUCCAACUGUGACAAUGAUGCAAGUGGAGGAAAAACCCGACGUUACUUACAGUGAUGUUGGUGGUUGUAAGGAACAAAUAGAAAAAUUACGAGAAGUCGUCGAGACACCUUUACUUCAUCCUGAGAAAUUCGUAAAUCUAGGAAUUGAACCACCAAAAGGUGUUCUUCUCUUUGGACCACCGGGUACGGGAAAAACACUUUGCGCACGUGCUGUUGCAAAUCGAACCGAUGCUUGCUUUAUUCGUGUCAUUGGUUCUGAAUUAGUUCAAAAAUAUGUUGGCGAGGGAGCUAGAAUGGUUAGAGAGCUUUUCGAAAUGGCUCGUAGUAAAAAAGCGUGUCUUAUUUUCUUUGACGAAAUCGAUGCUAUUGGUGGUGCUCGUUUCGAUGACGGUGCAGGUGGAGAUAAUGAAGUCCAACGAACCAUGUUGGAACUUAUCAAUCAAUUGGAUGGCUUUGAUCCAAGGGGUAACAUUAAAGUAUUGAUGGCAACUAAUAGACCAGACACGUUAGAUCCUGCUUUGAUGCGUCCUGGACGUUUAGACAGAAAAGUAGAAUUUGGACUUCCAGAUCUUGAAGGACGAACGCACAUUUUUAAAAUUCACGCUCGUUCAAUGAGUGUUGAAAGAGAUAUAAGAUUUGAAUUAUUAGCACGUUUAUGUCCAAAUAGCACUGGUGCGGAAAUUCGUUCCGUUUGUACGGAAGCUGGGAUGUUUGCAAUUCGAGCUCGUCGUAAAGUCGCUACAGAGAAAGACUUCCUCGAAGCCGUCAACAAAGUUAUUAAGUCCUAUGCUAAAUUCUCCGCUACACCCAAGUACAUGACUUACAACUAAACUUCUCAUUAAAACAACAAACUACUUUGUACUGGUUCAAAUUUUUCUUAAAAAUAAGUUUUGCAUUAACUCAAUAUUCGUUAAUAAUAAAUAAAAAAAAAAUCGUAUAAAAAUAGAA